AUGUUAAGCAACACUAAAAACCAAUUUGAACAAAAAAUCUAUGUUGUAAUUUGUAAUUUUUCGUCACCCUCCACAUCUUUGGAAGACAACAAAAAUUUAAAAGAAAAUUUAAAAAAUGCAAUAAAAAUUCAACAAAAUUCUUCCAAAAUAAAUUUUUUAAAUUUAUUUAUUGGUGAUUUAAUCAAAAUAAUUUCGUUUAAUGGAGAAUGGUGUUUUGGCUAUCGAUUGGAAGAACCUGAACAACGUGGAAUUUUUCCAUCAAUUUUUGUACAGGAAAUAAUGAUUAAUAAUAAUAAUAAAAUACAAACAUUUUUUAAUGUUGGGGAAGGAAAAAAUAAUAAAAAUUUGACUGAUGAAAAGGAGGUUGGAAGGUUGGCUUGUGAUAUUAGCGAGGCAUUAAAGGAAUGGAUAGAAAGAACUAAAUUCGAUUAUGGAGAAGGUAUUUCAACUAUAUGCCAAUUCGAACAACAAAUAGCUUUAAUUAAACAAUUAUUGGUUGUUAGAAGGCAUUUGUGUUCUGUUACUAUUACGGCUGAAGAAAUUAAAGAAAUUAAUUUGGUUUGGUUUUAA